AUGUGUCCGAAUGAUGGAUUAGGCGAUGGCGAAGCGAUGUCUCGGGGCCUAAGCUCCUUGGGUGGUAAUUUCAGUAAUGAGCAUGGGUUCACCAGGACUGUCGAGGGGACAAAGCAUGAAAGCAAGGUUGCGGGCUGGAAAGGACGCUGGGAUAAGGGAGAUGCGAGAAUUACGCCGUAUAUGUAG